CUAUCCAUCCUCUGCUUGACUCUGGUCUCUACCUCUGUAUCUCUCCUCAGCAACAGGAAGCACAGCAUCCACCGCCAGUCUCCCCCGACCCCAGCACAAGAAGAACCAGGAUGCCGGACACAAUCAUGUCCAAGGAGCCCAGUUCCGACUUGGAGAGCGCCAUGCAGAUGCUCAUCAAGACCUUCCAUAAGUACUCUGGGAAGGAGGGGGACAAGUACACGCUGAGCCGGGGGGAGCUCAAAGAGCUGCUGCUGGGGGAGCUAGGCAGCUACCUCGGGAGCGGCAAAGAUAAUGAGGGGGUGGAGAAGGUGAUGAACGACCUGGACGCCAACAACGACGGGGAGGUGGACUUCACCGAGUUCAUCAUCCUCAUGGGCGCCCUCACGGUGGCCUGCAACGACUUCUUCCUCGACGUCAAGCCAGAAGACAAGCCCAAGGAAUAGCGGCCUUCCCCAGAGCCGCCGGCGCAAGAGAGAGGGAGAGAGAGAGAGACAUAGAGAGAGAACAGUGUGCGCGUGCAUGUGUGUGUGUGUGUGUGUGUGUGAGAGAG